AUGUGGCCCGCUUUUCUUCACAGCUUCCGUGUGUACGUUGAUAUGCGAGAGUUAGACACCAAGCCUUCGCUCGAAAGUAUCUCUGUUCCGAAGGAGAAGUCGAAUAUCUUCAGAUUCAGCCAAAACCUCGAGAAAAUUCUGGUCAUCGGAGUGAGUCAAGCGGAAGAUAGCGUCGAUGUUCCACCCCUGCGUGUUGUCAAGUGCCCCAGCAUUGGAUUGGCUUGUGGUCGCUACAUUGAUACCUCCGAUGUAACCGAACUUGCCACAAAUCUUGCUUCGUUGCCCCCUGAUGAAGCCGCAUCCCUUAUUCCUGAAGCUUCAGCCUUUGUCACCACGGCGCCCUGGUCACCUCAAGUACCUCAAUUCAAACUCUUAAACACUGUUACUGAUCGCGAAUGCUUCGUGUUCUUUACGGUGGUUUUUGACCUGGCGCUGGAGUUGGUCACCGAGCCCGUUAGAGUAAGCUGCGUAUUUCGUGCCAAGGUAUUCCAAAAGGACGCCUUCUCCUGGUUUCCUGCAUCUCGAACUCCCUGUUGCGAGGACAUUACCGUUGUUCUUGUUGAGAAAGUGGAUGAGGAGAAGAACUGGAUCAGAAUGAACCGUUUUACGGUUGCUCGUAUCUCGUCUCCCUCCUUAGGCACCAAAACUGGAUCAGCCUCACCAACCAAUCGAAACACAGUAAUAUUUUCUUGCUCUCAUUCUGGCUCUGACAAUGUUGUCUCUGCCGCAGAUGUCGAAGGUGUUUCAGACGACGUUGUUGACGAUGAUGAACCUCUAAUGAGUGGAAAUGGAGCUGAUGAUCUAAGCACCAUCACUGACGAUCAACUGCUUGUCGCUUGGAAUUCUCUCAUCCCUGAGUGGCGCACUCGUAUUCAAUCUUCUGCCUCCUCGACGACUUCACUGCCAGCACCUCCCUCUGCCGAGUCGGUGGUGUUACGCAGUGGCGCCGAAGCCUUGCCCGAUGGUGCUCUUGGUCGAAGAGUUAUCCAGCUCGUUAGACGAGGCAUUCCUCACACCAUGCGCAAGGUGAUAUGGCAAAUGUUGGCUGGGUUCCAAGGCAUUGAUCCGGAACUAACUGAGAUCUACCGGAUCAUGCUCACAAAGCCCUGUCGAUUCGAUGUGGAAAUCCAGAGAGAUUUGCCACGAACUCUCCCAGCGCAUGACUUUUUUAAGGAGCGAGAGGGGCAGGAGGUACUUUUUCAACUCACACGAGCCUACGCGCUCUACGACGAGGCUGUGGGUUAUUGUCAGGGUAUCUCAUUCAUUGCAGCGCCUCUCCUCCUUCAUUUACCGGAGGAGCAGGCUUUUUGCUUGCUGGUGAAAAUAAUGUCCAACUACGGCACACGUCUCCUCUUCUUGCAGAACUGCGAGGGGCUCCUCCGUUGUCUCCAUCAAUUCGAAUGUCUCCUCGGGAACCAAUUGCCCGACGUGGCAAAGGCCUUUGAGGAUUCGGGCGUAAAAGUGCACAUGUUCGCCAGCCAGUGGUUCCUCACUCUUUUCAUAGCCAAAUUUCCCCUCAAACUCGUCUUUCGCAUUCUCGACAUCUUUCUUACCGAGUCAGCUGAUCUUUUGACCAUUCCUUAUCACUUCCAGGGCCUCAUCUUCAUCUUCAAAGUUAUGAUAUCUCUUUUGCGAAUAUCUCGCAGUAGUUUAUUGAGCUUGGACUUCGAGGGCACCCUCAAAUACUUCCGCGUAACCUUGCCCAAGCGAUUCCGUUCCCGGGAGGCUUGCGAUGAACUCAUCUCCAUGGCUUGUAGGGCCAAGGUUUCGGGUAGUCGACUGAACCGGUACGCACGCGAUUGGGAGCGGAUUCGGGAAGCGGAGGCCAAUGAGAAUUCACCGGUGGUGGCUCUUCAGCGCGAGAUAUGGCAGCUGCGUGAGCAAUGCGGUCGGUUGGAAAAGGAGAACGGGGACUUAGCUGGCAAUGUCCUCUCCAGCAAGACCGAAAUGCAGAGCACUAUUGACAAGGCGGCACUCUAUUUUCUCACCUACACGUUCUUUAUAAAGGUGAAGGCUAUGUUUCGCGAAGCCCUGACUAAGCAUGACGAACAAGCGACUAUCAUCGCGGAGUACAAAACCAUCACAGCCAAACUCUCGAGUCGCAUUGAGGAGGAGGUGUCACGGUCGUCGACACAACCAAAGCUUUCCCAAAUCUUUGUGGAUGCGGUGCUUGCUUGUAAUGGCACUUGUCGACAGGCGCUCGAUGAACGCAUGCCUGGAUGGUCGUCCGAGUCAGCGGCCUCCAAUGGCAUUAUUGUUGCAUGGCAAUCAGGAGGAGAGGACGUGGAGGCACUGCGACAGCGUGUGAAGGAAUUGGAAUUAGAGUUGGCGAAAAAUAAGGUGCAUCUGGUGGACGCGGAGUGCGCUCGGCAGGAGUUGAGUCAUCAGCUGAUGCUGAAGACGGCUGAGUUGGAGGAGCUCCGCAACCCCGCUGAUGUUCCAUUCACCCACAACGCGCGGCAAUGGCUCGCCAAGAAGUGGACUACUGCCACUUCUCGUGGCAAUGGAAAUGCCGCCGCUUCUCCCACCACCGCUGCCGCCGACUCUCCCGCCGCUGCCGCCACCAUCGCAUCCUAG